AUGUCGCACACGCCAUCGGAGACCGACAGCGAACGCUCUGUCAAGCGCCAGCGCCUCGAAAACCGCAACGUACUUGCGAUUAAGCCACUGGUCCCGCCGUCCUGUGUCCUGGAAGAGCUGCCCGUGACCCCCAAAGUACAUGAGCUCGUGGACGUGACGCGAGAUGCCGUGUCCCGCAUCCUGCACGGCGAAGACGACCGCCUCGUGGUCAUUGUCGGUCCGUGCUCGAUCCACGACGUUGCCGCCGCGAUGGACUAUGCCAAGCGCCUGAAAGCGCUGGCGGACGAGCUGGACGGCGAGCUGCUGGUGAUCAUGCGCACGUACUUUGAAAAGCCCCGCACGACGGUGGGGUGGAAAGGGCUGAUCAACGACCCCGACUUGAACCAGUCGUUUGACAUCAACAAAGGCAUUCGCAUUGCCCGCAAGCUGCUGCUGGACGUGAACGCGCUGGGACUGCCCGUGAGCCUUGAGUUCCUCGACACCAUCUCGCCGCAGUUCACGGCCGAUCUCAUUUCGUGGGGAGCUAUUGGCGCUCGUACCACCGAGUCGCAGUUGCACCGUGAACUCACCAGCGGCCUGUCGAUGCCUGUUGGCUUCAAGAACGGCACGGGUGGCAAUGCCCAAGUGGCAGUGGAUGCAGCUGUCGCGUCGUCGCAGCCCCAUAAUUUUCUUGGACUCAACGAACACGGACUUGCCGCGAUCGUGCGGACCAAGGGCAACAAGGACUGCCAUGUGAUUCUGCGUGGCGGCUCAAGCGGUCCAAACUACGAGCAAAAGCACAUUGACGAAGCUGCUGCGAUGCUGGUGAAAGCCAAGCAGCCGUCCAAGAUCAUGGUCGAUUGCUCGCACGGUAACUCACGCAAGGUGCACACGAACCAGUUGAAAGUGGGCAGCUACUUGGCCGAUAUCAUUGCCGAAGGGUACACAAAGGUGCUUGGCGUCAUGGUAGAGUCGAACAUCGUGGAGGGCAACCAGUCGCUUGGUGACGACCCGUCUAACCUCGUCUACGGCAAGAGCAUUACGGAUGCGUGCAUCAGCUGGGACGACACAGUCAUUAUGCUGAAAGAGCUCGCGGACGCCGUCAUGAAGCGACGCACACGAGCUGCUGCAAACCCAGCCGAUUGCGACUAG